AGAGCCGCGGAUGGGCAGGAAAGGCCGCCUCUGCUCCCGCCUCGCCCCGCUCGCCCGGCCGGCAGAGGCGCGGAGCGGUGUCCGGGAGCAGCGCGGCUGAGAGGGCGCAGGUGCGGGGCGGGCCCGGGGGCCGGGCGGCCGCGCCGAGGAGAGGGCAUCGGUCAUGGCAGCCCCCGCUUCCUAAAUGGUGCCGGCCGCCCCUCCGCCGCCGAUGGCCGAAGCCUGGAGGCUGGAGGAGGACGAGGAGGAGCUGCGGGAGCUCGGCAGGAGGCACCGGAGGGUCGCGCUGAGCUCGGCGGCAGAUCGCUCAGAAAGAAAUAAACCAGACUGCCGCUCUUCAGGCCAAGGACCUUUGUCAUCCAUAAGAGCAGCAAUCAAGAGAUCACUCAUGAAUAGUGCACAUCCAAAAUGCCCUGUCGAAGAGCUUCUCGGACCUCUAGCCAUAGUGAACAACAGAGGGAUAGAAGGCGUCCUGAAAUUACAAUAGUUGCUGCUGAACCCCUCCGGCCAUCCUCCUGGUUUCCAGGUGCAAGCCCUGUCACUCCUCAGGGAUUAGGAUUCCCUUCUGCGUCAUCUCAUGCUCAGUGGAGAAGAAAUGAACGUAUUCCAGCUGAGCUUCCACCAUCAUAUGAGCAGGUGAUAAAAGAAAUCAAUCAAGUGCAAGUCAAUACAACAAAUAACAAUAAUGCUGCUGCUCCCAGACAUACCACUACUUCUGCAACACAAACUGACUUUCCAGAGGAACUAAUCAGCCAUUUGCCAGGAAGUAAUGUAAAAACUAGUGUGCCUGCACACUGGGAAUCUGCAGGCUGUCGAGGGCACAGUCCUCUUAAACCUCCUAGGCCUUCUGCAUCUCUUCUGAUUAAGUCUCCUUCAGAAAAUGAGAAUCCUUUAAUAGUCUUUGAAAAUCCUGAAGGUCAGAGGUGCCAAGAAAAUCCCAGUGCUGUGGUAUGUCCUGUGCCAAAGCCAAGAUCAAGAAGCAAUCUCAGACCUGUGGUCAAAAGUACUGAAAGUGAGACAGACAAUGGCGAAGAAGUGAACCAGCCCACCACAAAACAGCAGCAACCUGCAGUUCAGCAGUCACCUCUUUCAGAUGACAGCUUACCAGACAAUCACUUGGUGACAGGCAGCAUGAGUACAGAAAAGAGCCAAAAUAAUAUUGUUUCAAGGAUCAAAGUUUUUGAAUCCCAAGGAACUAAUGAUACCUCAGGAUUAGCAAAAAAGCCAGAAAUUGCCCCUCGUUCAUUCACCCCAAGGUCUGUUACUACAAAGAAGCCAGUAGUUGCUCCAAAACCAGGGGUAAGCAGAAUUUCAGAAGACUGGGAUGUGUGGACUGAAAACAAGUCAACAGCUUCCAAGGAAUUGCAACCUCAGCCUGAAGUAGCUGGGAGCAGUGUUGGAACCAAACCUGAACUGCCAAAGAAGCCAAAACCUGGCCUUGUUAAAAGUAGCAGUAGUGAUUUUCUUGAUGCAAGGAGUGGAUCAGUUGCAGAAAAUAGUGAUGGACAAAAGAGAUUUCCUGUUCCUGCUCCAAGGCCUCUUGUUCCUAAAAAGUCAUGUUAUGCAGAAAAUCCUGCCCUGUCUUUGGCCUCACUAAAACCGAUUGCUGCUCCUUCACGGGCUUCUGUAUCUGCCCAAGAAAAAGUUGUCAAGUCUCUGGGGGAAUUGUCACCUGCAGCCAACUCCUCAGCACCUGCUUUGCAAAAUAAACUAGAUGUGGAAGGAGAUCUGAUCAGUUUUGAUGAUGAUGUUUUGCCUCUAAGUCCAACUUGUGUAGUUAAAGAUAGCAUCAAUUCUGAAGCAGCAGCAGAUCCAUUUCAGUUCCUCACCAAAAAUGAAACUGCAAAGGAACUACCGGCUCAAUCAGCUUUAGCUCGGAAACCCACGGUGAUCCGAAUCCCAGCUAAACCCGGGAAACCUUUAAAUGACAUCCCACAUAGCCCUCCACCACUUCCUGCUGAAAAGCCUAUUGGGAACACAUCCGAUAUCACAGUGAGAAAACCCAACAGUGGUGACCUAGUGAAAAAAGGGGAGUUGAAUCAUUCAGAACAGGGUGGAGUGCCUCAGCAAGAACCUGUACUACCCCCAAGGCCUGUGGAUGGAAAAAUUAUACCAGCUCGACCUCCCCCACCUAAAGGUGCUCCUGGAAGGCCACCUCCACCAAAACUCUCCACAACCAAAGCCUCCUCCCAAAAGGAUGCUCUUUCACGAUCUAGUUCUGACAUCGCUUCUGAGAAAAAAACCAGCAAGUUCAGAUUGGGACCCAAGAGAACAAAAAGUGCACUCUUUAAAAAUCCGGAUCCAGCAUUACCUCCUAGACCUAAGCCGGGUCAUCCUCUCUACAAUAAAUACAUGCUACCUGUGCCUCAUGGAGUUGCCAAGGAAGAUUGUCUUCCCAGGAACACAGGAGAACCGUCCUGUAAGGAUUCAAACCACCCUCCAAAAGUUUCUGACACAAAUGCACCUCAUGCUGUAGUCCUGCAUGAUUUUCCUGCAGAGCAUCCUGAUGACUUAGACCUUCAUUCUGGAGACAUCAUUUUUCUUUUGGAGAAAAUCGAUACUGAGUGGUACAGAGGAAAAUGUGGGAAUUGCACAGGGAUAUUUCCAGCCAACUUUGUUAAAGUAGUUAUUGAUGUUCCAGAAGAAGCCAACAGGAAAAAAAUACCCUCUUCAUCACAAUGUAUUAAAGGUCCAAGAUGUCUAGCACGAUUUGAAUACAUUGGAGAUCAGAAAGAUGAGCUCAGUUUUUCAGAAGGUGAAACUAUUAUCCUGAAAGAAUAUGUAAAUGAAGAAUGGGCCAAAGGAGAGCUCAGAGGCACAUCUGGAAUUUUCCCCUUGAACUUUGUGGAAGUAAUUGAAGAUCUGCCUGGAACAGGUACAGAAGCAGCACUGAAGAACAAGGUGGAGGUUUCUUCUUCCCUUCCUCAGAACAACAGAUGCUCGGUACAGCGGUGCGAAGCACUUCAUGAUUUUACAGCAGAAACCAAAGACGAUCUAUCCUUUAAAAAGGGAGACUACAUCCAAAUACUGGAACAAGUAGAUUUGGAGUGGUAUAGAGGAAGACUAAAUGGAAAGGAAGGGAUUUUCCCAGCAGUUUUUGUUCAGACCUGCUCAGCCAGGAUAGAGCUGUCACAGUCUGGGGGAGGGAAGAAAGGAAAAGCCAGAGCUCUUUAUGAUUUUCAUGGAGAAAACGAAGAUGAGCUUUCCUUCAAAGCAGGUGAUAUGAUAACAGAGCUGGAAUCUGUAGACGAGGACUGGAUGAGUGGAGAGAUACAAGGAAGGUCUGGGAUAUUUCCUAAGAACUUUGUUCAGAUUUUAAAAACACCAUGAAGUGUUGCCUCUUUUUGUACUCCCUGCAUGUGGGAGAGAAUGUUUUCUACCCUAAAGGCACAGCAAAGGCAUCAACGUGUGUUGACUAUCAGUGUUUUGCACUACUUUUUCUAGACAGUCAUACUAGUGUCUUUAAGUCAAAUAAGAACAUUUUAGUCCUUUGUGACAGUGUAUGUAGUCAUGUUUCAUGAAUGCUCUGAGAGCAAAACAAGCAGGAUUUUUAGCGGUUUCCAACUAGGGGAAUAUUGUGGUGCAACACCAUUUUAACUUACAUAGCAUUCUAGUAUGUUUACUAUCUGGUAUUACAUUUAUCCUGCACAAAGUCUGCAUAAAGUAAACCGCUUUGGGCUUCUUUAAAAACUUUUUAAAAUCCAAAUAUAAAGAAUUGUUUUAAUAUAUAAUUACAAUGCUCAGUAUGUAGAUGGAAUUUGAUAUUCGGGUUUCAUUACUGCUUGAGUUCCACAUUAGCAGUAGAAUCCACUUGUUUGUUUUAUAACUUAGAGGACAAGAAAAAUAACUGGUAUUUCAUAGUAGAAAGGUAUCAAAUCUAAUACUGGUAAGAGGGAAAACUCAGAAAUAAAUCCUUGUGUAGUAUUCUUCCUUUCUUAGCCCAAGCUGCUCAUACAGCAAGAUCACAGAAGUAAGAUUUUUAAGUAUUAUGCCUUUUACAAGUACUGUUUAAAUUGGUAUGAAUCAUCUUCAACCUUCCUCCCUUUCCCCAAAAUACUUUCCAGGUACAGGUUUAGAUUUUUCUACUGCCCACUGUUCUUCAAGCACUAUCAUGUCCUUCUUUCCCAGCUGAGGAUAGUUGUGACAGGCAGCGUUUACUGAGCUUUCUCAGAUCCCAUCCAUGGAGUAGCUGCACUAUUCCAAAUAUUUGCCCCUCCACUCCCGUCAUGAAAGUGGAAAACCAGUCUUCAGUCAGUCUGCAUUUCAUUUGUCACUCAAGCACUGGAACAUACUUCAGUAACACUAUUCCUAACCUUAACAUGAAGGGUAUUAUACAGCCUUGGUUUUAGCUUUCAGCAGACGUGGGAGUAGUUUCCAGUUUGUUACCACAUACCAACUAUACUGAGCAUCAUCAUAAAUGGUCUGUCAAGACAUUAAGGAAAACAUGCCUGGCAAGAGGUUACUCCAAGCAGCUCUAACCAAGGCAAUAAGUAAAAAGUAGCAGUGUGGCUUGACUGACAAACUGAGACAGACAUGACUGAGGAAGCUUCACAUUAUAGGAACUUCUGGUAGUAAAUUAAUUUUUGUAACACUUGGCUUCUGACAAAGUAGUUAAAUGGCAUCUAACUCCAUCAGACUGGAAUAGAAAACAUUAUGCUGCAGUUGGCUCUUUCAUUGCUGACAGUAUUCCAUCAUUUCUGCACCAUAUAACAAAGAGAAACCAGUAAGCUGUUUGCACGAGUCAUUACUUCAGAGAGCUGCAGGUCACUAGGUAUCAGGAUACCCUCAACACGACUUUUCUUCGUGGGUCUGGCAGUUCAUGUUGCAGGAGGGCCAACAGUUGAGUGGUGAAUGGAGACUGGAAACUAGGAUCAUGAUUGACUUUGAGAUAGUUUUGACUUGGUCUUUCUACAGCUUUAUCAGUAUGAGCUCUAAGCAUCACAGCAACAAGUCCCUGCUGCUACAGGAGAUCAAGGUGUAUCUAAAUUGAUGCCUAAGCAGGCUGGUGAGGGUUGCCCUUCACUCCCUGUGCCCUGCACUCUGGUUACCAUCACAGCAGGCAGAAGCAGGCUUACAGCCAAAACUGAACUGAGGAACAACCCCUGAGCGGGGAAUGGGCAUCCAGUCCCAGUAGCUGACUACAGCUCACCUGAAACAAGCCUGAGGAAUGUGCAGAGCAGACAUGAGGUCCUCAGCACCAUUUCACUCAGCAGUCACAAUUAGACCACAGAACUUGCACAGACACAGGCAUUUUCCCCCUGAUUUUUUUCUGUUGUGUAUUUAAACUGCACCAAUACCAUUUCCACAACCGGGAAAUGAAGAUCACACAAAGUUUUGAUGAGCUGAGAACUAGACUUCUACUUCCAUUAGGUUAUUAACAUUAUAAAACAGUUCUAAAUUAUGUGCCAUUCUAGGAGGGGAAAACUAUUUGUACAGCUAUUAUUCAGUUUUAGCAUCCCCAACAAGCCUAUCUGGAACUCCUGUGGAAUCAAACUUAGACGUAAAUCACUGCCCAAGUUUUCCUGCCAAGAGAUUCUAAAACUUCUUGUUUCUUACUCCAGUAAAACACCAUCUCCUAGAGAAAUCCAAGGAAUACCCAUGCCCUCCAAAGAUAUACUAUAUCAGUAUAGCAGUAGGUGAGAGUUAAGUGUAUGAUGUUUACCUAUUGUCUGGCAGUUUUCUAAAAUUUUGAUACAAGUCUUAAAAGUAGAAAUGAUUUUUUUUCUCUCCAUUUCCUCAUUCCCAUUUUUAUAAUGUGUAUCGACCAGUUGUUUUUGUAACUUCCACUGAAUGUUUCAAGGCAGUGCCUAUCCGUAGACAAGACCACUCUGCUGUACGUUAAUGAUCUCCUCCCUGUGGGGCAGGGCAGGGAGAGCAGCAAGGCCUUCUAUUCACAGCACCGAGUGCCAUCUAAGGGCUGCUCGCAUUGCUGCAGGCAGCUGAAACAGCGCCUUUGUGAACACUGAAACAAGUGAGAUGCUUGGCUUUUACAGCAGAGGGUUUUCUUAAGACAAUGCCCAGCACCACCAUGAGACUGCCUACAGAUCAUAACAAAAUUCCUAAGGUGUACAAAAAACCAGGAACGAGGCGGAGCACAAAUCUUAACUGCAAUAUAGUAGCAAAUUUCUGCUGUAACCUUGAAAUAUAGCUAGACCUGUGUGCGUUAGCAUAAUAAGAAAAGUCUAAUUUGUCAAAAUACUGUUUGACCCACCCUCUGGAAAUAUCUUCAGGAAGACAUCUUUGUUCUGUGUACAAUUAACAGUGUCCUAAAUAUACCUUUGUUAAGUCCAGUAAGUUUGUUAUGGUACCUCUGUAAAUUAAGAAUGUAUUUAACCAAUAAAAUUUUUGUAAUUAAGUCA